AUGAGUGUGCGCAUCAAUUCCCUGGGGGACAAGAUUAUUGCCCUCCGUCGACGUCUUCCUCCUGUUCUCUACCAGUUUAAUAAUCCAAAUCCCGUCUGUGAAUUUGACCAACCUGGUUACUACAACUCUUGCACUAUGAAAAGUUGCUGCUUUGCAGGGGACCAGGAUCAGUAUAUUUUAUCUGGUUCUGAUGAUUUCAACUUGUACAUGUGGAGAAUUCCUGAUGAUUUGUCCAAAUGUGCUUAUGUCAACCGGGCACAUAUGGUUCUCCGCGAUCACAGAUCCAUUGUGAAUCAAGUAAGAUUCAAUCCAAGCAAUCACUUAAUUAUAUCUUCAGGUGUGGAAAAGGUUGUCAAGAUCUGGAGUCCGUUUCCCAUUCCGAAUUCCCGGGGUUGCCUAAAAAAGAGUCACAAAUUGACCCAACAUGAACGCCCUGUAUAUACUCACGAAGAAUAUAUCAACCUGGUGUUGCGGAGUGGUCAUAUUAUGUCUCAUGACUACACACACCAGUCGACAGAAGAGGAUCCUCGAAUGAUGGCCUUUUUUGAUUCAUUGGUACAGCGAGAAUUGGAAGGCUGGAGCUCUGAUGAGGAGUACUCGACCAACGAUGAUGAUUUCUAUGAGAGAAUGACACAGGCCCAGGCUGAACUCCGUGAAAUUGCCUCGCAACCAAGUUCUGAUGAUGAAGAAGGCACAUUCAGUCCAUUUACUAUUGCAUUUGCCAGUGUCAUGAGUGCUCGUGAGGCUGACAAUUCUCAAAAUCGCAUUCGGACUGCUCGAAAUACCUUGUUACAAAAUAGUAGUAGUACAAGCAAUGCUACUACUACUGCCGCUGCUACUUCUAAUACUACUACUACUACUAUUACUACUACCGCCGCUACUACUACUACUACUACUGCUACUACUACAGCCGCCACUAGUAAGACCACUACUACGGCCAUUACCAGUAACGGUAAUAGUAGCAACAGUACCUUAGCUACUGUUCUGACAAAUUCAACUUCUGCCACAGUCACCUCUUCGCCGAGUGCUACUCUGUUAGCUGUCCCUCUUGAUGCAGAUAUAACCCUCCAAGGACCACAGUGGUCAUCUGCAUCUAGCCAUGACGUGCCGAUGAUGGAGGGCCAACAACCGAAUAGUAAUCGGAAGAGUAUUUCACAAUUGAUUGCACAGAAAAGAAAAGAGAGCACAAGUAUGCUGGUUGCAGAAGGGGGCCAUGUAACCAACGUAAAGAAACGCAUAUGUCCCUGGAACCCCUCCAGCUCAGAUUCUGAUGAUGACGUAAGCUAUCAACCUAGAGUACGGGUCAAGCUUAAAAAAGUGGCCAACCAGGCAUCGACUUCCCAGUCUGCGGCCACAGCCACAACCACUUCCACUUUCUCCUCCGCCUCCUCCUCGCUGCUCUCAAGGACAUCAACGGCCAACUCGUCCGAGGUGAGAACUUCCCGGGGUAUUUCAGACAGCAGCCAGAAGCAGAAAGCGCUUUCUGAUCUGAAGAAAUGGAAGGAGCUCCGGUGUCAGAUCAGUUCCACAGACUAUAGAGUAGAAUCUUUUAUUUGUUUCUUCUAUUCUUUCCUUCCUUUCUUUCUUUCCCUUCCUUUUUCUUUUCUUUUUUCCUUUCUUUUCUUUUUUCCUUUCCUUUCUUUUCUUUUUUCCUUUCUUUUCUUUUUCUUUUUUUCCUUUCUUUUUUCUUUCCUUUCUUUUUUCUUUCCUUUCUUUUUUCUUUCCUUUCUUUUUUCUUUCCUUUUUCUUUUCUUUUCCUUUUUCUUUUCUUUCCUUUUUCUUUUCUUUCCUUUUUCUUUUCUUUUCCUUUUUCUUUUCCUUUUUCUUUUCUUUUCCUUUUUCUUUUCCUUUUCCUUUUCUUUUCCUUUUUCCUUUUCUUUUCCUUUUUCUUUUCUUUUCCUUUUUCCUUUUCUUUUCCUUUUUCUUUUCUUUUCCUUUUUCUUUUCCUUUUUCCUUUUCUUUUCCUUUUUCCUUUUCUUUUCCUUUUUCUUUUCUUUUCCUUUUUCUUUUCUUUUCUUUUUUUUUUCCUUUUCUUUUCUUUUCCUUUUCUUUUCUUUUCCUUUUUUUUUCUUUUUUAUUUCUUUUCCUUUUCUUUUCUUUUCCUUUUUUUUUCCUUUUUCCUUUUUUUUUUUCCUUUUCAAAACAAAAAUAAAAUUUUUCUUUUUCUUUUUCCUUUUCUUUUCCUUUUUCCUUUUCUUUUCCUUUUUCCUUUCCUUUUUCUUUUUCUUUUCUUUUCCUUUUUCUUUUCUUUUCUUCUUUCUUUUUUCUCACUAA